AUAAUCAGUUACUUUGACAACACAACAUACUUUUAAAUCCAAAAAAACCCAAAAAAAAAACACUUUGAAUCACAGAAGUUUUAUUUCCAUAUCAUGCUAUAAAAUUUAGUUAGAUUAUAAUGCUGUUGCCCUUAAUGAACUUUCAGUCUGCUGAAGACAUCGCCAAUCCGAAUGUCACGAUUCUAAAACGCCAGAUCGCGGAGGAUGGCACUAAGACACAGGCACUGCUGCUCCAAGCGUUCCGUUUCGAGUUGUUCGAUGACACCAAUGCGUACCCGCUCCUCCAAGAUCAACUCCAUCGACAGCCUGGAGGCAGGAGUUCCUAAAGCAAGCCCAGGAUCCCCUGGAAACCAUGAUCCCCCCAUGAAACACAAAAAAACAAAAGGGUUCCUUUCAUUUUUGUUUGGAAAACGAUUCCGAAAGGUCAAGAAUCAGGAUCAGGUAAAAAGCAACCACUUAUUUUUAGGGAAACAGGAUAUCAGGAAGCUAAUCCGCUUGUACUGCAAGUGUGAGAACUUGUACAACCCAAAAAACGCAUACUACGGCAACAAAGAGGUCGAUGAGGAUUGCUAUUGCUAUAUGGCGAGGUCGUUUCCAGGAAAGACCAGCUCGGAACUGAGAUCCUGUCUUGAGGAGCUGAGAAAUCUCUUCGAGAAGGAGUAUACUAUUAUCGAAAGGAGACGUCGGCAAUUCGGAGAAGUUGUGACGCCUUCGAUUCGCUACUACAAGGAGUUCCUUUUCUUGGUCCCUCAUCUCCGCACUGACAAGGAUUUUCUUGGCAGUGAACCCAUCUUGCUGACGGCCGGAAAACUUUCUUCUACGGAUCUGAAAAACCAAACGGUCGCUACCGAGAUAUUGUCUCAUAAACUGAACAAUUUUACAAGUUUUCCUUUAGCUGCGUUUCCCGGCCACCUGUCCAUCUUCCACAAGAGCAAGAAAAGCAAUACGAAAGAAGCACAAGAUAUUCAGAAGGUUGAUCCAAAGAAAGCGGAGGUUACUGAGCAGAAAGAUCAGGAGAACGACGAACUGGAGAAAGAAUCAAAAAGUGAGCAAGAGGAGGAUCAGAAGAAUGAAAAAUCUAGUGAUCAGGAGCAGAAGGACAUACAAAGAACCAGUGAGCAAGAGGAUUUGGAAAAGGAAAAAAUCAGCGAGCAAGAAGAGGAUCAGCAGCAGCAGCAGGUGACCUUUCCACCUUCCUUGGAACAUGAGUCCAUAAAUACCACCCAAAACAGAUCCAUUUCCAAGGUGUCCACACAAUCUUCGUUCUAUGCCAAUGAGCGAGAUCUGAAAACCACCGGGUUCAGUUGCUGCUGCCAAACAGAAAGAUCGACAGAGGGUCAGGAACCUAGACCAGAGUCCUCCCAAAAGCACGUAGCCUGUCCCUGGCUACCGGAAAAUACGCCUUGUGUGCCAAAAUGUAAGGAAAGAGAAACCUGCUCCCGCCUAUCGGAAAACUUGCCCCAAAUACCCAAAUGUCGGGAAAUAGAACCUGAAUCUAAUCAAAAACCCGUUCCCUGCCCUUGGCAAUCGGAAAAGUUGGGUUGUGUGCCCGGAUGCCUGGUAGAAGCCCCCGAAUCCUCUCCCCAACCACCUAUCUCCGACGAAAAUAAACUUUUUGAUCAAUCCGAAAAGGACCAACAAUUGCGGAUGCUUUGUGAUAUGAUCCGUACCGAACUAGCCACUGCCCCAGAAUUCAUAUACCAAGACGUCAAGUGGCGGAUAAUAGAGAUUUUGAGGGAGGUUCACAAAAGGCAGUUGGCUACCCAGAAAACCAGGCUUCAGAAUAGACCACGUCGACCAAUGCCGCCCCAAAAACGCCCCUCUCGAGAUUCGGAGAAAUCGGAUAAAAAGUCCCAGGAAAAAGGCAUCUCGAGGAUCUGCGACCAUCUCAAGUGCAGUCACUGUCCCUACUGCUGCCGGCACAACAGCACAGUAACACAUUGGAGCGCCAUGGAGGUGGACGAACUGAUCAGCAACUCUAAGCUGCUCAAACACUGGCCAAGUUUUCUUAUUGGCCUGGCUCUGAUUUGGAUCCUCAAAGAUGCUUUCUACAAAUGGAAUCGAGGACCCCAGAGAUAUACCCUGGAGAACCGAGAGGAAGACGAAGAUGAAGAUUUGGAAGAUCUGGAAGAUGAGCUGCAGAGACCCCAGAGAUAUACCCUGGAGAACCGAGAGGAAGACGAGGACGAAGAUUUGGAAGAUCUGGAGGAUGAGCUACAGCCUGCUUUGGAGGAAAAGCCCCAUGUGCCGUACGUGCCUGGCAAGAAUCUCAAUUCAAAUGGUGCGGAACUCUUCUAUGAACUUAUGAGAGGGCGUCGUAGCAUUCGCUCCUUUAAAAGCCAUCCAAAACCAGAUAUCAGCAUUAUAGAGAACUGCAUUCGGGCAGCGGGAACCGCUCCAAGUGGUGCUCAUACAGAACCUUGGACAUUCUGCGUCGUGGAGAACCCAAAAAUAAAACAAUCCAUCAAAGAAAUUGUGGAGCAGGAGGAGCUUAUUAACUAUAGCCAGCGAAUGCAUCCACAGUGGGUCACAGAUCUUCGACCCCUGCAAACCAAUCAUGUUAAGGACUACCUCACAGAUGCCCCGUACCUCAUCCUGAUCUUCAAGCAGAUCUAUGGGUCAUCGGAGAACGGAAGGCGGAAGAGACACUAUUACAACGAGAUAUCUACUUCGAUUUCGGCUGGUAUCCUUUUGGGCGCUCUUCAAGCUGCAGGACUUUCGUCCCUGGUCACAACUCCUUUGAACUGCGGCCCUGCCUUGAGAUCCCUGCUCAAGCGUCCCAUAAAUGAAAAACUUCUAAUCCUUCUGCCGGUGGGUUAUCCAAAAGACGACUGCACAGUGCCAGAUUUGAAAAGAAAGAAUUUGUCGGACAUAAUGGUUACAUUUUAGAUAUAAUAACGAUUUUGAUCUUGACCUUAAAUUAACAAUAAAAACAAAUAAAUUGGUAUUUA